AAGCUUCAGUCCAAGAGAAGUCUGAAACACUCACUCGUCUGGACAUCGCAGCCUUGACUCUGCAUGAAUCAUAAUACUGCUCCAAAUCUCUUUUCAUUUUUGCCCUCUCUGCUGCUUCUGGGGACUUCACUCGCAUGGCUGCCUAGCCGAGUGUCGGAAUUAGUCACUACCGACUUACUGCCACCUCUAUAAAGCUAGGCCUCCAGUCCCCCUCGAGGCCUCCCUUGCAUACAAAGACUUCUUGCACAAUGCUCACCGAACGCACUGUCAACAUGCCGCGUGCUACUCGCCCCUCAGCCCAAGCCAUGCCCUCCGAGUACAACGACUCCAUUAAUCGUCGCUUCGGCCACGGCGGUUCACGCUUCGCUCCAACGAAUGGACCAGACCGUUACUAUAUCCCGACCUUUACUGAUGUGCACCGACAGCAGGAAAACGCUGACAGUGGCUUGUACGCCAGUGUCAGCGGCGGUUCACGCUUCACUCCAACGAAUAGUCUGGACCGUUUCUAUAUCCCUACCUAUGCUGAAAUGCACAGACAGCAGCAAGCCGCCGAGAGUGGUCUGUAUGCCAGUAUCAGGGACACAGUGCUUGCGCCACCGCGGAUGCCCCUGUCACAGCGCAGCUUGUCUUCCAGCACCAACAGCGACGACUCUAUCCCACUGUACUCUGCUGCACAGUAUGAAAGCGCCACGGUGAGACGCACUGGUGGCUACUGGACGACUAUGCGCAGGCCUGCAGAAACGCCAUCUGGUCGACCGACAGAGAUCGCACCGUUGACGCCUCUGCGCCUGCCAGAGUAUGAAUCACUGCCUGUCUAUGAGCAGCUGCCCGCUUACCCUGAAGAAACCCUUCCUGCUUAUGGAGCUGCCGAAACGCCGACCUUCGUUUGAAGCCCUCAUCUGUCGCUGCUGGUCUUUAUAAUCAUGUCUACAGACAUUUUCUUAGUCGCUUUUGUAUAUCAACCAUUCAUUUUAGCCUCUCCUUGUGUCACCCGCAACCCACACAUAACAUGUAUUCCUACUCAUGCGCUUUCUGUACCACCCGCUCUAUACAAACUUCUUUUGGCUACGCUGCAAAGCCUAUCAAGCUGGAUCAGAUCUCUGCGCCGACUCCUGGUGCAUCCUUCUCGACAGCAGACAGCAUCCUUAUCCUGUUCCUCCUCAUCCUACUCUUUUGUCUAUGGAUCACCAUUCUUUCGCCAUCAAGACUCCUCCCAGCUGCCUGCUACAUCGACGAAGAGACGAGCCCAACGCUGGACAAGGUUCAUGCAUCGAGUGCGC